GCGGUGACGCAGAGGAAAGGAGGAAACGAGGAAGUACUACACCACCACAGUGCCACCACUGCUGCCAUCAUGGAGGCCUCAGCGGGGUAGCCUUGGGAGAGGCGCUGGUGGCAGGGCCCGGUGUCCUUGGCUCGGCGCCGUGUCAUGCCAAUGGUAGGGCGAGGGGGUGUGAGGAGCCGGCACCCUGCCUUCGGCAUCCUGGCCGUUACUUUCUGCAUUGAAGCAGUCCUGGGGCAAAAAUUUUGUCCUAAGGAGAUGGAAAACUACGUGGCAUCUAUGGUGCUGAGUGCACUUGGAGACACGCUGGGCUACUACAAUGGGAAAUGGGAGUUCCUGCAGCACGGCCCAACCAUCCACAAGGAGCUGGCGGAGAUGGGUGGGCUCAGCAACAUCAGCAUCAAAGGCUGGAAAGUCAGCGAUGACACAGUGAUGCACCUGGCCACAGCCGAAGCGCUGGUAGCUGCUGGGAAAAAUCCACGUUUAGAGCAUCUCUAUUCCCUGAUUGCAAAUAACUACAAGGAGUGCAUGAAUGACAUGGAAGGCAGAGCUCCAGGUGCCAUGUGUCAGAAAAACGCUCUGAAUCUGAAACCGGAGAAGCCGGAUGGCUGGAGGAUCCCCUUCAGCCCCAAAGGUGGAGGCUGCGGGGCUGCCAUGCGCUCCAUGUGCAUCGGCCUGCGCUUCCGCCGCGCCGACGAGCUGGACACGCUGGUGCAAGUCAGCAUCGAGAGCGGCCGGAUGACCCACCACCAUCCCACCGGCUACCUGGGGUCCCUGGCCUCGGCCCUCUUCACGGCUUUUGCGGUGAACAACGUGCCCCCACCGGCCUGGGGGAAGAAGCUGCUGGAGGUGCUGCCGCGUGCCAAGGCCUACGUGCGGGACGCUGGCUUCUUCGUGGAGGAGAACAUGGGGCAAUGGUACUACUUCGAGGAGCAAUGGAAAAAAUACCUGGCGAAGAGAGGCAUCUUGGACGGGGUCUCGCUGCCCACCUUCCCCUCCAAGUACGGCGUGGAAGAGAGAGACUCCUUUUACACCUCCCUCAGCUACGACGGCUGGGCGGGCAGCAGUGGGCACGACGCCCCCAUGAUCGCCUACGAUGCACUGCUGGGCGCGGGGGACUCCUGGACAGAGCUGGCCCACCGAGCCUUCUUCCACGCGGGAGACAGCGACUCCACCGCCGCCAUUGCGGCCUGCUGGUGGGGGGCCAUGCACGGCUUUCGGGGGGUCGCCGCCUCCCUCUACGCCCCCCUGGAGUACAGGGAACGCCUGGAGAAGGUGGGCAAGGACUUGUACCGCCUCACCUAGGUAGGGGUGGAAGGACCACCCCUCCGGGAAGCAUGCUUACGCCACCUGCUGCCUUUUGCUUAACGUAGGUAGACCCAUGUGAGGCUGGUGUUUUCUGCUUGCGUGUGCUGGUGUGGCAGUGAGGCAACUGUGGUGUUUGGGAGCGU